AUGUCCGAUCCCACUACGAUUCCACCACCAGGUGAAUUGCAGAAACCUAAUCCUCCAAGUGAUCCAAAUUCCACGAAAGGUUUCCAUUGGUGGAGACGUACGUUCCAAUACAAGACAGGUAUUGGCCUUACACCUAAGGAGAAGCAAAAUUAUGAGAAUGACUACCAUUUCGUUCUACAGAAGAAGCAAUGCCAACAAUGUUAUGAAUACAGAGAUUGGAUUCUGAAAUAUUCACCAACUGUAAGGUUUAUGGCACAACAAAUCUCUAAACUUAAUGGUAAUAGCGAUGGCCAAGUUUUACCGUUUGACGAAUCCAAAAUAGUUUGUGAUGCAUGCCCUGAAUGGAGAAGUGGUGGAUUUCAUCCUGAAUUGGGAAUCUUGUUGUGUCAAAACCGUAUACGUGACAAAUGGCACUUAGAAGAUACACUGGCACACGAAAUGGUUCACUAUUUUGAUAAUUUGAAAUGGCAAGUCGAUUGGUUAAACUUAAAGCACCAUGCAUGCUCUGAAAUUAGAGCAUCCUCACUAAGUGGUGAAUGCAGAUUUUCAGCAGAGUUUCAUAGAAGAGGAUUUGGAUUCGCUAUCGCUAAGGGUCAUCAAGAUUGUGUCAAGAGAAGGGCUACGUUAAGCGUUAUGGGUAAUCCAAAUUGCAAAGGUGAAAAGGAAGCCGAAAAAAUCGUCAAUGAAGUUUGGGAUUCAUGUUUUAACGACACUAGACCCUUUGACGAAAUUUAUAGAUGA